UAAAAACAACUCGAAUAUUUGUCUUCCUUAUCCUUCCCCCAGAGCUAUACCUCAGCUUCUUCCCCCGGUUCUCUGCUACAGCAAUGCAGAAGUCGAGUUGAGAACCGUUGUGCUCCACCAAACCUCGGCCAAACCCUAACCUGACUCGAACCUCCAGCGACUACUCUUCCUCUGUUUCCAUUUCCACAAAUUAUUGAAGAAUCAUGUUGAUAUUUGAAGGUGUGACCGUACAAAUGGAGGACUGCUUUAUGCAAAUAUUCUUGACUUAGGUUGAUUGCUACUGAGAUGGCUGCUCUCAUGUCUCCUACUGAGCAUGCUAACUUGUGGAAUUCAGAAGCCAAGAUACAUCGUCUGGGGAAUUUCACGUGUAAAUGUGUUGAUAUGGGGGCUAUGGCACCUUCAUGUGAUACACUUUGGAGACUCAGGCCAGAAUUUUCCCUUUCAGUGCGUGUACCUGGAAAACAGUAUAGAAGAAUCGUGGGACUGAAUUCAUGGAUGAGAUUUCAAGCCACAAAGUCUUCAGUUCAUAUGCUGGGGUCAAGGAUGGAGGACGCCUGCCUUUUUCUGCGACCUUUCAAAUUAUCUUCAGCCAGAGAUUCCAAAACAAUUCUGAAAUGCCUUAACAGUGACUCUUUGGUGUCAAAGCAAUCCUCUGGUGAUCUCAUAGUUAGAAGUGGAUUAUACACUAGCGAUAUGGAUACUGCCAUUUAUAAGGGCUCAGAUUUCAAUGGAACAUUCUUUGAGAGAGAUCAACCUACUGAGGAGCCCUGGUCACUCCAAUCAUCUCUCCUCUAUCAUUAUGCUCCCCACUCAAAUUCUUCAACUUGUUUGGAAGAUGAAGACAAGCUUCAACAGCACGAUAUUAGUAACUCUUUAGAAACAAAGUCUUUUGAGCAAUCCAUCCUAAAUGUCCACCCUAACUCCAGAAAUGUUAACGCAUUAAGUUCUAACUAUAAGGGAUACGUUCCUGAUGAAAGUAACCAGCCCGUUGAGGAGCCGUGGCUAUUUGGCUUCUCUCUCUUUCUGAGCUCUGACACGAAGGUUGUUUCUAAUAACGAAUGUGUUAAAGAGGAGCCAAGUCACCCCAAAGUUUAUGAUCCGCUUCACCAAGUAACAGAGCAAUUGGUUCCUGAAGAUGAGAGUAGUGCAGUUUAUCCUUACGAUGAAUGGAAUAUUUUUGCCGAUCAAAAAAAGAGUAGUGCAGUUUCUCAGAUGGAUUCUGUUUCUAGAGUCAUACUGAUUAACUCUUCUGUGUGUACCAUGCAAAGGAUUGCCGUGUUGGAAGAUGGGAAAUUGGUUGAGGUAUUCCUGGAACCGGUUAAAAAUAAUAUUCUGUGCGAUAGUAUAUAUCUUGGGGUAGUUACAGAAUCUGCUCCCCAAGGUGGUGCAUUUGUAAACAUUGGCGGUCGUAAACCCUCUUUUAUGGAGAUAAAUCAUGCUAUUGAGCCAUUCAUAUUCCCUCCAUUUUGUCGUCAUACGAAGUUAGGAGAAGUAAAUGGAUCUGCCUUUGUCAUGCCUGAGAAAAUUCAAAACAAUUCAAGUGUUGUUGAAGUAGAAGAUGAGAUUGAUGGGGUUGAUAUUGAUGAUGAUGCUUUGCACGAUGAGUGCGCGGAGCAUGAAAUUAGUGACUAUGCUAUUCGAGAAGUUCAUAUGGAAAAUGUUAAUGGUGGUGUACCUCGUCAUGUGGAGGUGGAAGCUGAUGUGGAUGGCUGUUCAGAUCUGUUGGACAGGAACACAAAUAUAGAAGGGACUAAAAACAAGUGGGCCCUAGUUCAACCAGGGACUAAAAUCAUCGUUCAAGUCACUAAAGAGGAAUUGGGUACUAAAGGCCCAAGACUGACUGCUAUUCCACAGUUACGGAGCAGAUUCUGGGUCUUGAAAACUCGUAGAAAUUCGAUUAGUGUUUCAAAGAAAAUACGAUCUGUUGCUGAGCGCAAACGCUUGAAAGGCAUAGCAAAAAAUUUGAAGCCUGAAGGUCUUGGUUUGAUUGUAAGGACGUUUGCUGCUGAUCGCUCAACCAAUGAAUUGACGAAGGACUUGGAAGGCUUGCUUUCAAUUUGGAAAGAUAUAAUGGAGCAUGCAAAAUCUGCUGCUCUUGCUGCAGAUGAAGACGUGGAAGGGGAACCUUAUGUAAUGUUACACAGCGCCAUGGGUCAAACACUUUCUAUUGUCCAGGAUUAUUUCUCUAAGGAGGUUAAGAGCAUGGUCGUUGAUUCACCAAGGACAUAUCAUGAGGUUAUCACAUAUCUUGAGGAAAAAGCUCCUGAUCUUUGUGACAGAGUUGAGUUAUACAGAGAUAGAACUCCUCUUUUUGAUAAAUAUAAUAUUGAAAAAGAGAUGGACAACAUGCUAAUAAACAGGGUUGAUCUUCCUAAUGGAGCUUAUCUAGUGAUUGAGCAAACUGAAGCAUUAGUCUCUGUUGAUGUGAACAGUGGGAAACGCAUGACCAACAUGCAAGAGGAAGCUAUUCUCAGUGUCAACCGUGAUGCUGCCAAACAAAUUGCUAGAGAAUUACGCCUGAGAGAUAUUGGAGGCAUUAUUGUUGUGGAUUUCCUUAAAAUGGAAGAUCAUAUAUAUAAGAGACUGGUCUAUGAUGAAAUUAAAGAGGCAGUGAAGAGAGACCGAUCAACAGUGAACAUAUCUGAAUUGUCUAUGAAUGGGAUUAUGGAAAUCACCCGAAAGAGGGUUAGAUCUAGUGUGACAUUUUUGAUUAGUGAACCAUGCUCUUACUGUAAAGCCACUGGAAGAGUGGAAUCUUUAGAGACCUCAUUUUCCAAAAUUGAGCGCGAAAUUUGCCGGAAUCUUGCAAGGAUGGAUGGUAUAGCAAAGCCUGAAAGUGCUCAAUCCUAUCCGAGAUUUGAAGUCCUGGUUGAUCGCAGUAUGUUAAACUACUUAACUUCAGGGAAUCGAAAAAGACUUGUAGUCUUGAGCAGUGUUCUCAAAGUUAGGAUUUUUUUAAAGAUCUGUAGUCGCAAACUUCAACAUCCCAAGAAACCCAGAUCUAUCUCUUUGUCCCAAUUGACUCAGCUCUUAAAUCGACCAAACCGGAAAACUGGUUGAACCGAUUGAAACCGGACCGGUUUUAUUUCAACCGGUUCUGGUUUACAAAUCUUCCAAACCAAAUAUCUGGUUUGGUCCCAAAAAUUGCCCAAAAUCAAACCAAAUAGGACCAGUAUCACCCUUAUAUAUUAGGACUAAAGCCCGAUGUACAGAGGACAGUUUUGUGCCUUUAGCGGCUGGCUAGGUGGAGGGUACAGACCUAUAAGGUCUAGGCCCGAAGUAUGAAGGACCUAGGGACCAAAGGUCAGUGGUAUGUUGGGUUUCAUACCACAAGACCUCGCGGCCGUGUAGAUGUCACGUGGUAGGUAUGAUGCAAAGACCGAGGAGUUGUCCUUCAGUUAACGAGUGUCCCUUUCUCUCUAAGAUUGAUGGCUCCCACAACGAGGUCAACUUCAACGUAGCUGAGGGUGAUGUAAGUUCGGUUGCCAGAGCUUGCGACUUUAACAGGGUACUGGAUGAGGUGCUUCUAAAGGAUGCCUUCUUGUUUGAAAAUCUCAUAUAUAGUAUUGAUGGCGUUCCUCCAUCCAUGAAACCUCGCUGACUCCUUUUCAUAGAGGGUCAGUGGAAAAACAUAGAGAGGGGUAAAAUACCUAAUGGUCAGGUUCGUUGAAGGCGAUGAUGAGGGCACCGUCCCUGGUGACUCAACCUGUGAGAACCCACUAUAGGGAAAGAGUCCCACAGCAGGAAAAUUGGAAACUGUUGAGUGGAAUAUAAGGCUUCACGAGCUGUAUAACCUGAAGUAGUUAUUUAAAUACGCGAGGCGACAAAGCCCUCAUUGAAGCGAGGCGAGCGUUUAAAAAAAAAGAAAUAUAAACUACAUAAAUGACCAAUAUUCACUCCUACCAUCAAAA